AGUUUCAAGACAACUGCAGUUAAGAAAACAAAUUUUAGUAAAUUAUCCAACUGCCUUUUAAAGACAUUUGCACAUCUCUGUAUGUUUCAUGAGUAACAACUAUUUACAGUGAUUCACACAGCUUGAGAUUGGAUAUUUGAAAUGCAAAGGAACAAAAGGGUUAGUUGCACAUUUUAUAAUUCAUGAACACAUCAGUGAAGGUGAUGAAGUAAAAUAAGCCCAGUUAUUUGAUCAAUGAAAGCCUCAUCACGCCACACGCUCAACAGUUAUUGUUGUUAGCGUGUCUGUAAGAAAGUUGCACCGUUCCAAUCUGCUGAUUGCCAGCUAACCCUGUACCUGCCAGCAGUAGGCGUGUGAACGCCUCAAAACUGAGUGGUCAUCCUGGACCUUGAGGUGAGCAACCUGAGAUGCAUCAUUCUUCAUGCUGCUUUUUACCUCAACCAGUCCAAACGGGGGUGAUUCUGACGGGUCGUACACCUUACCAUCUGGAGUUGCACCAAGAUAUGAUGUGUCAGGGCGAAUCCCACAGGAAGCACGUUGACCCUCAACAUCUCAGCAUAGUUUGCCAGCACCUCAGACUCCACCUGCAGACCACACUUCAUGGCGGCAGUUUAUCUAGUGGAGCCCCUAAUCAUCCAAGAUGCCAGUGCUGUGGCAGCAGACUCCUCCUCUGCAAGCAUCACGGAAACGGCUAGCAGUAAGUCUUGGUUGUCGAAGAUGUACCCAUGCAGGACAUCUGGACUGCUCUCUUGUUCUGGCUUCUAUUUCAUAAGACAUUUCCAGUGACACUUGCAGAGAAUGAAGAAGCAUAAGUUGACCAAGUGUGGGCACAAAGCACAUAUUUGGAAGACUAUGCAGCAUCAAAGGAAGAGAAGGGAAGUCUGGAGCCAUGUGGUGCAGAAUGACGCUACCAGAGGACUUUUCAGCUCAGCUCAUUAAUGACGUCACGUUGGGGCGGAGCUUAUGGUGCGUUUAAGGGAGCCAUCCUGAGUCAUUCACACAGAGCAGGAAAAGGACUCCAGACAGCAGCAGGAUAAACAAAGAAGUGUUUAAGAAGAAAGCAAAGACAAGAUGACAAUCGGCAGAAACUCAAGGAAAACCUCAACCCGAAGCUCCAUCCGGGCCCCUAAAUUCCUCGAUAAAUCCAGCGGCUUCUACGGCCGCCUUGAUGAACCCGAGACCGCCACAGACGACGGGUGUGAAGUAAACAGUGCUAACGUUGUGGCUGAGGUCAAAGAUGGCAGUUCCUUCUCCACAACGGUACCCAACACCUUGGCAGAUGAAGAUGUGGAGGGGUUUGGGGCGAUUGAGGACGACGGAGAGACUCUCCUGCAGAGAAAGCCGAGCCGCCUCAGCAGCAGGUGGAGAAGAAGCACCAGGAGGAAGCAGAAGGACGAGAAGGCUGAAGAGGACCAAACCCAAAGCGAGACGUCCUGCCCAGAAGUUCAGGAAGACAAGAUGAAGGUAAAGACGGAGGAAGAAACGGUGAAGGAGCCCGGCCUUGUUCACUUCCAAGUUCGGGAGUUUGCAGAUGACCGGGUUCUGAUCCGAGACAACAAGAGAGGGAGAGAAGAAGAGGAGGAAGAGUCAGAGGAAGAGAGGAAGAUGAAGAAGGAGCAAGAGGAAGGCAUGAAAAUGGUGAAGAGGAAGAAUUAUCGCAAGGCGCUUGAUCGGGCGCUUCGUCGCGGCUGGGAGGCCUUCAUCACCAACCUCUACAGCGUCACGCUCACUCCUGUGACGCCCUCCUCGCCAACAUCGACCUCGCCUUCGCUGAAGAAGAAGAACCUGCACUCGUCUGUGCUGGCUGAGUUUCAGUAGAGACUUUUUAAACUCCAACAUAAUGAAAUCAGGGCCGGAGCUUCAACCCUGACAUUUACAGGACCUUAAGCAAUAAUUAUAGAUGUUUGUUACCGAGUCUUGAUUGCUCAGUGCAGCCUUAACGCUUUGUUUCAGUUUGCAGAUUGCAGGUAUUUAUUUUACCAUUUUGCAUUGAAGUCUAACAUUUGUGACUGAGCUGCUCCUUUUAUUUCCUACCUUAUUCUAAAGAGUGAGAAAAUCUUUUUUGGUUUUAUAUUUAACUUACCGUCAGGAGCAUAAACUGAUGAUCUCUUGUUUCCUUUGGGUUGGCAUGAUGAAAACGCUCACGUGUUGAUGUGUAACUGCUAAAGGAACUGAAGAUUUCAUAAGCAGCGAUGACUGAUCGGUGGAGUUUUUGUUUUGGAAACAUCCACAUUUUUAUUUAAGGCUGAUCAGGGAUCAGCUGAUGUUAAGGAGUCUGGAUACACACCCAAACCCACACAACCACUUUACACCUGUUUCUGACUCAUAUCCACACUCAGUGCAUCUGAUUAACAGUAUUUAUAGAAAAAUAUUUAAACGCCUACAUGCCAGCACAGAAAAACAUCAACUAUUAUUUUGUUCCCAUGAAGGUUGUAGAAACUUGAAUGGACAAACAACAACUAAGUGUAAAAGACAAUAAUUUGAGCAACUGUGUAUUUCUUGGUGUUAUUUUUUGCACAGGAAAAUGGCAAUGUUUAUUUUAGGUAUUUAUUUUCAUUAAUUAAAACAUUAUUAUACAAAUAAUGUUGACAGGAGUUGUGAGUAAAUUAUACAAAAUGCUUUGUAAAUAGUUAUUUUAAAUAUAUCGUAAUAUUUAAGAUUUAUUUUGUUUUGGGACUAAUGCAACCCUGGUGUCCUUCAGUGUGUGUUUAAGAGCUGUUGACGAUUGAUUUUUGCAUAAAUAAACUGUAUUUGCAAUAAAUCUUUAAGAACUUUUCAA